AGCCACACACUAGCUUUAUGCAGAACAACCCAUAGAAAAGAGCAUCACACAGACAUACAGUACGCUCCAAUGGACAGUUUUGUUGGUAGGUGUGAAAACCAAUGUGACCAUUGCAAGUAAAGUGAAAUUGUUAAGUCUUGGAAAGAUUGUAAGGAAAACAGGUGAAUUGGAUAUUUCACUUUUUCAUAUUGAGGGAAGACUGCUGAGUUUUUCUCUUCAUAUUGUUUGUUCCAGUGAAUUUCACAUCUUCAAAAUCAAAACUUCAAUCAAAGGAGGUACUGCUGGGUGUGAGGAUGAACAGCAGCCAAUCAAACCUGUCUCUGAAGUGUGUGCGUGACACCAGUGUCACAGCGGUGGUCUUCCCCUGUCUCUACAGCGCGCUCUUCCUGUUUGCUCUAAUACUCAACUGCCUGGCUGCAUGGAUCUUCUUCAACAUCCGCAGCACCACCACCUUCGUGGUCUACCUGAAGAACGUAGUGGUGGCGGAUCUGCUAAUGACUCUGUCCAUCCCAGUGAAGGUCCUUGCGGACGCCGACGUGGGCUCCUGGCGUCUGCGUGCGUUCUACUGUCGCUACUCUGCCGUCCUCUUCUACACCACCAUGUACAUCAGCAUCCUGCUCCUGGGGCUCAUCAGCCUUGACCGCUACCUCAAGAUAGUCAGGCCCUUUGGGAAGUGCGCCCUCCAGAGGGUCGGGGUGGGACAGGCCUUGAGUGCGGCCAUCUGGACUGUGAUGGUGUCUCUGGCUCUGCCCAAUGCCAUUCUGAGUGACCGCACACCGCCGCCCUCUGGUGGCCGGCUGAAGUGUACCUCUCUGAAGGGUCAGGCCGGCAUGCUGUGGCACGAGGGCUUCAACUACUUCUGCCAGGUGGUGUUUUGGGGCACGCUGGUUCUGAUGCUGUUGUGUUACACCUUCAUCAGUCGGAAAGUCUACGAGUCCUACAAAGCCUCGCGUAGCGGCUCCAAAGCAGCCAGCCGCAGGACCAAGGCCAAAGUCUUUGUGGUGGUGGGGGUGUUUUUCAUUUGUUUCGCCCCUUUUCAUUUCGCCAGGGUGCCCUACACUCUCACCCAGACCCGAAACAUAGCCAACCACUGUCGGAUGCAGAACGCACUCUACGUUGCCAAGGAGACCACUCUCUGGCUGUCUGCCGCUAACGUGUGUCUGGACCCGCUGAUCUAUGUGUUCCUGUGCAGGGUGUUCCGGAAAAGAUUGACAGCCACACUCAAUCGCAAGCCCCUCCCCCAGGGCGGUUUGGAGUUGCCCACGGCAACCUCCACUCAGCUGGCUAUGUCACAGAUGGUGCAUAACAGAAUGUUGGAUGUCAGUUCGGCCUAGAAGCACAACGGACAUGUUUUUUUAUUUUUAGCUCUAUUAAAUUGUAAAUAUAUUUUGGCCUGAUGUUACCCCUGGACAGGUUGUGACCAGAGUAAAGCCUUCAAAACAUCUUUGGAUAAGUGGCUCUGUUGCUAAGACAAUCUUGCACGUCUAAUAGGCUAUAAACAGCAGUGAUCCCACAUCAACUCUUUGAUAGCCCAUGUGUGGCGAGCAUUCUGGUACAAAAUGGCUGGUGUGACAUCAGAUAAUCAAACUGCUGCAGGGCUCUCUAAGCAUCCUGUUUACCAGCCACAAGAGUCAACACAGGCUGAUGUGUCGGUCUCUGAUUAUCGCUAAGUCAUCCUGUAUUUUUCUUCAGCGUAGCUCACUGUCAGCUCUCACUUCCCUUUCUCUAAUCUGUCCUUCAUUUCACCAGGAAGGAAAACAACUUGACUGAGCGCUUUUAGAUAAUGUGAGUGUGACAAUGUAGAACACAUGCUUACGAGAUGGUGUGUUGUCUGUGUGUAUAGUAUAGGGUGACGCAGUCAUGAGUUAAAAUCAAUUUACAAUGUACAUGUUGUUGGAAAAGCACAUUAUCUCACACACGACACGCACACAUGCAAACAUCUCAAGACACGCACACAUGCAAAUACACUAUAUAUACAAAAUAUAUAUGUGGACACCCCUUCAAAUUAGUGGAUUUGGAUA